AAGGUGAGAAAAUAAUAAUAUUUCGCGGGAUAGUACCUAUUUUUAUUGUUCUCAUUUUUUUUUCUUUCGUGCCAAUCGAUAUUUAACUGGAACAGCGACAGAAUACAGCGAUUUUAUGUUGCAGAUAUAAUAUACGAUAGGAUAGAGAGAGAAACAGAGAAAAAGAGAAAGAGAGAGAGAGGGGGUGGGAGGAAGAGAGAAAGAGAGAGAGAGAGAGAGAGAGAGAGAGACGAAGGAGACCUCAUUGAUAAGGAUCAAAAUAUACGGUACAUCGCAUAUAUUUUAUUCUACGUUCACCUUAUUUAUAUCGAUUUUUUCACGUUUGUUUUCGGUAUAUUACGUGUCUAAGGAAGAAGAGAAGGGAAAAGAGAUCGAAAUAAUAGUUCUUGCGACGUGCGCCGUACGACGUAGUUAUCGCGUCGUAGGCGUAGUAGAGAAAGAGGCGUAUGCAUGUAAGAAGGUGAAAGGUCGUGAUGCUGUUCACGAAGAAUUCUUGGCAAGGUUUAAAAGGGUUCAAAUCUCGCUCGAUUUAGUUCGAAAGAUCUCGUAUUUGAUUUUUCCUCUUUUUUCCUUUCUCCUUGUCUGUUUCUCUCUCUCUCUCUCUCUCUUUCUCUCUCUCUCUCUCUCUCUCUCUAUCUAUCUAUCUAUCUAUCUCUCUUUCUAUCUUCUAUACUUGUUCUCUCUUUCUCUAUCUUUCUCUCUGCUCCUUUCUAAACCGAUUCUCUACGUUCGUUCAGCCAAAGCGCGUACGACGCUGGAUAUUUCGAUGUCUCCGAGAGACGACCAGUCACGUUUUCUUUUUCCAAUACUUUUCAACGAAGUCUCCUCGUCAUAUCGGAUACGUUCGAAUACAGGCGCCUAUCAUUUAACAUUCCAUUGGUAUCGUCGAUUUAACGCCGCGAGGGUAACCAACAUGGCAGCGGAAUCAAAAAUUGCUCUACCAUCGUACGGUGGAUAAUGAGGGCCUUACAAGCGAGAGAUUAGCUAAAUCUCGAGACCUGACAUUUCAAAUAAAGGACAACUACGAUGCUUGGAUAACAACGUUGUCUCGAUGCGAAUGAGAGAAAGUGAAAUAAUGUGCUCUAAAUAACGAAAUAAAGGGUUAAACUGGCAGAGAGAGAGAGAGAGAGAGAGAGAGAGAGAGAGAGAGAGAAAAAGAGAGAGAGAGAGAGAGAGAGAGAGAGAUAGACUUGGCAACGUAACAACUGAUCAGCCGCCCCUUCAGUCAAAGUUUGAAUCUUUCAACGGUCACGCAAGUUCGUCCAAGUGCCAUUUACGCUUUGGUGGACGAUAAAUUCUCUCCUUCACGAUGGAUGUUAACGACGAAGUUUUGGUUUGCGCGGCCGAAAUUAUAAAAGAUCGAUUGUACUUUGCAACAUUAAAAACAAUGGUAAAACCAAAAAGUACACCCAAUACUCAUUACUUCAGCAUUGACGAUGAGUUAGUAUAUGAGAAUUUUUAUGCAGACUUUGGUCCAUUAAAUCUAGCUAUGUUGUAUCAAUAUUGUCAAAAAGUUAAUAAGAAACUUAAGGCAGUAACGCUGAGUAAAAAGAAAAUUGUACAUUAUACUACGAUGUACCCAGAAAAAAGAGUGAAUGCUGCCUUUCUCAUAGGAAGCUAUGCUAUACUGUACUGCAAACGUACAGUGCAAGAAGCUUACGAGUGUUUGACCAAUAGUCCAAACAGUCCACCAUUUAUGAUGUUCCGUGAUGCCUCCGUUGGAUCACCAUGUUACAAAAUAUCAUUAUAUGAAUGUCUUAGUGCUAUAGAUAAGUGCCAUCGUCUUGGUUUUUUUAACUUUCAAAAUUUUCGAGUUAAAGAAUACGAACAUUUCGAAAAAGUUGAGAAUGGAGAUUUAAAUUGGAUAGUUCCUGGAAAAUUCAUUGCUUUCUGUGGCCCACAUGCAAAAUCUAAAAUUGAGAAUGGAUAUCCAUUGCAUGCACCAGAAUCAUAUUUUAAUUAUUUUCGUCGUAAUAAUGUCUCUACAGUUAUACGACUUAACACAAAAAUCUAUGAUGCUUCGAGUUUCAUAGAAGCAGGUUUUGAACACAAAGAUCUUUUCUUUGUUGAUGGUUCAACGCCAACAGACUCGAUUAUGCGUCAAUUUCUUAAAAUAUCAGAAAAUGCAAGCGGUGCUGUAGCUGUACAUUGCAAGGCAGGUCUCGGCAGAACUGGUUCUCUUAUAGGAUGUUAUAUUAUGAAACAUUAUCAUUUAACUGCUCACGAAACAAUUGCAUGGAUCAGAAUAUGUAGACCAGGUUCUGUCAUUGGACAUCAACAGCAAUGGCUAGAAAAAAAAGAGGCGUUUCUUCACUCAUUGCUGAAAGAACCACUACAUUCUGAGAAUAGAAAUCCAGUACAUAAAUAUGGUAUAUAUUCAAUAAUGGGAAGGCCUAAAAACGCAUUCCUAUUAAAUCUAAACAACGCUCGUGUGGUACAAGAUAAUGUUUCUGGCAUAAUGCACCGGGUGGAUGGAAUCAAAUUAGAUGAUUCUACCCCUGUUGCAAGUCUUAAAACAACAAAUAGACACUCGUCCUCGACUUUAACGCAAGGUGAUAAAUUAAAUCAAAUUAAAGCUAGAAGAAGAAGACUACGUGUAAAUCAAUCUUCUAUUGGCACACCUACCGGAUCAUCAACAGUUGUUCAUCCAUAUUUAGGACCAUUACUGCAAACUAGAAAUAAAAAAGGAACAGCUAUUGCUACAUUAGCUGGAAAUAAGGAAAAAGGUCCUUUAAAAAGAUUACUAGCGAGGUCUACAGCAACAACAGUUGUUAAAAGAAAUUGUAGAAACAGUUGGCUGGUCAACAAUAGCUGCGAUCCACCUACCCGCCGUGUUAGAUCUAAACCAACAACACAGAUCCAUAAUAUCAACAACAAUACAACUACUACUACUCCUGUUACAUCUAUAUCUAUAUCAAAACCUGUGAGAAAGGCGAGUAUGAGAACUUCAUGCAUCUCAGAGGUCCAUGCUACGAACUCGUCUACAAAUCAUUCGGUUGCACAACCACAACCAGGCAUGAAUAUGAUUCUUAGGUCAGCAGACCGAGUUACCCGCUAUCAUUCUCUCAGGCAUGCGCGCACGACAAAAAGUUGUAAAACUGCAUUUAUCAGAUGACUAACCGAUAUUCUCAGUGGCGUGGGGGAGGAGAGUCCAGUAACCCGAGCGUCUCACCAGCGCCGAAGAUCUCAUCGCUUAAACCCCAUCAUUCAAUAAAUGCACUUCAAAGAUCUUCUAUCUCUUCAAAUUUAAACAAGUGCAGGUUAGAUUUUUAUUAUCAAGUGAGAUUUAAAAAUAUUGGCAGCCAUUUUAACACUGCAUUUUUUAAAAAUAUCACAUUUCUCGCUACAUUAAUAUCUUGAAAAUAUAAAAGUUUUUAAAUACCUACCAA